GGAGCGCAAAGUUGCACGUUGUUUCAAAGCAACCAGCCACGUUGUUUCGCGAGGUGUUCAGCGUUCGGUUCCGUGGUUCUGUGAAAAAAUUCAUACCGCCACUAGCUAGUCAACAAUCACCAUCAGGGCCAGGAUGUUGUGCCGUAGGAUGCGUUUAACCGAGCGCCAUCUUCAGCCUCCACGCGAACCUAGUGAAGGCCCAAUCGUUCGUCCUUGCACUGCGCGCAAAUUGGAGGGGAGCGACAGGGAUUCCUCACUGUUCUCGGCUGGACAUCAUGGGAGAAAAUCGAGUGAAACCCCCAAGACACCACUGAUGAUUGUCAAUUUGAAUAUUCCGCCCGGGACGCAGACAUUGGCUCCGAAAAGCGUGAAAAGCCCCCGCAAAUUACCACCCUUUUGCGUGCAACAUCAACAUCUGGUGAGAGCUUAUGGCACCAAUCAAUCUCAUUCUGCUCCCGAAGAAGCGCCGCCAUACCCCAACAGAACAAUUCCGCAGAUUUUCAUACAGGGUUAUGAGAUACAAGAUAAAAAAAUAUCACCGUUGAAGCAGCAGUCAGACGACACUCAAGAUUGCGAGAUUCGUCCCAUAACCGAGAAUGAGGAAGACAGCUUCGCGACUAUUCUGCUGGAUAAUAUUUCGAAUAUUUCCUUGGAAAUGAUCAAUAGGCACCAGCGCAAACUCAUGGGAACUACGAACUCCACGAAAACAGCGAGCAAGGCAUGCAACACGUCGGCAUGCGAUAUGUUUUUAAAUUUGGAUUCCUACGAAAUGGACGACUUUGGACAACUGCCAGAUAAGUCAGAGGACAGAACAGAAGACUCGCCUCCCAUUCCUCCGGGCUAUAGGUCGCUUUGCUACCGCACACCUAGCCCCAGCACUCGACAGAUUAUUCGCGUGAACGUUACCGUGAAUAGCAGAGGACGACACGUUGAGGAUUGCUCGCGUUUCAAUCAUUAGCGGUUUAUUUUAAAACUAGGUUGUCGUUUCGUAGUUAAUUUCAAGUAUUAAGCUUUGUUUCGAUUAUCAUGUUUUUAUAUUAUAACUUUUGACUCAUGCUACAAUCAAAGCUUCUAUUAUGAAUAUAAAUAU